AUGUUCUCCUCGAUUUCAGACCACUUCAAUGGCACGCUGGCGCUCUCCUGCGCCUUGAUCAUGCUGUCGCAGCUCAGCUAUGGCUUCGAUAACCAGGCUUUCGCAACGACUCAGUCUAUGGCAGCUUUCACCAAGCAGUUUGGCGAAUACAAUGCCAAGACGAAGACCUAUGCUAUUCCCACAUAUUUCCUUUCUUUGCUGAAUAGCUUGAAUUAUAUCGGUUUCGCCAUUGGCCUCGUCAUUGGCAGCCUGAUCAGUAAGCGAUAUGGCCGUCGCGUGUGCAUGCGCUCCAUGAGCUGCUAUGCGCUUGUGUCUGCCACUAUAACUGUGACAUCGGAGACGAGAGGCCAGAUCCUUGCUGCCCGAAUCCUGAACUAUAUUUAUAUCGGAAUGGAAUUGUCGGUCGUCCCUGUUUUCCAGUCAGAGAUUGUACCGGGCCCCGUUCGUGGAUUUAUCGUCGGAACAUACCAGUUGAGCGUGACGUUUGGCGGACUCAUCAUUAACGCUAUCUGCCGCGGAACGAGCACCAUUCAAGGGAACAGCUCCUGGAGAAUCCCGUUUGGCCUAUUCUACAUAAUCCCAUUUAUCAUACUUUGCUCUAUCUGGUUUAUCCCGGAGUCACCUCGAUGGCUCCUGACCAAAGACCGAGUCGAAGACGCGCGGGCGUCUCUGAGACGUCUCCGUAGGGCUUCCAUUUCCGACGACGAGAUUGAUGCAGAAAUUCACGAGCUGCGCGCAGCCCUCGCCGCGGAGGUUGAACAAGGCGCCUUUUCUGAACUCUUCCAGGGCGUCAAUCUCAAACGCACAGCCAUCGUUGUGGGAAUCAACUUCUUCCAACAAGCCACGGGGCAGGCCUUUGCCAGCCAGUACGGCGCAGUGUUUGUCAAAUCCCUUGGUACCAUCAACCCCUACAACUUCACCGUCAUCAGCAGCUCUAUCGCCACGGUGAUGUGCUUGGGCGGCAUUCUGCUUAACGAUAAAAUCGGCCGUCGGGUUCUCCUGAUCACAGGCGCAAUCGUCCAAGUUGCCGCGCUCUUCACCAUGGGCGGUCUCGGGACUCGUGAUCCGGUGACUCGCGAACUGAGUAUCGGCAUUGUCUCGAUGCUGGUUAUAUUCACGUCCGGGUUUUCCAUCGGAUGGGCUCCGUUGACCUACGUCGUGUCCACGGAACUGCCCGCCUUGAGGCUGCGCGACCAUUCGCAGCGUGUUGGUGCGCUGACGAAUAUCGUCAUGAACUUCACGGUGACUUUUACAGUGCCGUAUCUCAUUGAUGCUGGGUAUGCUGACCUGGAGUCGAAAGUCGGGUUCAUUUUUGGCUCUAUCGCUGUCUGUGCUGCUCUCUUCACGUAUUUCUGCGUGCCGGACUGCCAGAGAAAGUCGUUGGAGGAGGUGGAUCGCUUGUUUAACGAGGGUGUUUCGGUCAGGAAGUUCAAGUCUACCACGCUAGAAGCAGAGGCUGUGGACGAAAAGGUGGUGACAAAGAUACGACGUCAUGCCAUCCCCAAACUUGAAACUUCAAACUUCAUCUUCUCACUGCAAGAUGUCCAGCCAUUCCGAGUCCAAGUACGCGGACCUCCCCCGCUCAACCUCGAAGCCGCUGGAAUGCGGCCUUCAGUCCAGGGCCACGCCCUCCUCCGCGACUCAUACUACAACAAAGGGUCUGCAUUCCCCAAAGACGAGCGCCAUGCAUUCGGUCUUCACGGCCUGCUACCCCCCAGCGUGCAGACGCUGGAGGAGCAGGUCAAGCGCGCUUAUCAGCAGUACUCCGGCCAGGCCGAUGAUCUGGGGAAGAACACGUUUAUGGCGAGCAUGAAGGCGCAGAACGAGGUUUUGUAUUACAGACUUAUUCAAGACCACCUGAAAGAAAUGUUCGGCAUAAUCUACACGCCAACAGAAGGCGACGCAAUCCAGAACUAUUCGCGAGUCUUCCGAAAGCCAGAAGGGUGUUUCCUGAAUAUCCACGACGUGGAUAGGAUUGAGCAUGAUCUGAAACAGUUUACGGAUAACGGGACCAAUGAGGAUAUCGACUACAUCGUCGUCUCGGAUGGAGAAGAAAUUUUGGGCAUCGGCGACCAGGGUGUAGGAGCGGUGCUGAUAUCGGUCGCAAAACUGGUGUUGACUACGCUCUGCGCUGGGAUUCAUCCGGCAAGACAGCUUCCAGUUGUCCUUGACUGUGGAACAGAUAACGAGGAGCUUCUAAAGGAUGAUAUGUAUCUCGGUCUUCGCCAUGAGAGAGUGAGAGGGGAAGAAUACGAUCAAUUCGUUGACCGGUUCGUCACCAGCGCAAGAAAAGUUUUUCCCAAUGCGUAUAUCCACUUUGAAGACUUUGGGAUCAAAAAUGCGCGAAGACUGCUGGAAAAAUAUCGACCUCAAAUCGCCUGUUUCAACGACGACGUCCAGGGCACGGGAUGUGUAACGCUUGCAGCUUUAAUGGCAGGCUUGCACGUCAGCAAAGUCACUCUGAGUGAGGUCCGGGUGGUUAUUUUCGGGCCUGGCACUGCAGGUACCGGGAUAGCUGAUCAGAUCCGAGACGCCAUUGCAACUGAGAGCAGCAGGUCAAAAGAAGAGGCAGCCAAGCAGAUAUGGUGCAUCGACAAACCCGGCCUUCUUCUCAAGUCACAGCACGACAAACUAACACCAGCACAAAUACCCUAUGCAAAAGAAGAUGCCGAAUGGAAAGACGCCAACCAAGCUGCUGACCUCUACCACGUCAUCCAAAGAGUAAGGCCGCACGUACUCAUUGGCACAUCGACCAAGCCCAAGGCGUUUUCCGAGGAGAUCAUUCGCGAGAUGGCGAAGCACGUCGAACGACCGAUUGUGUUUCCACUGAGCAAUCCAACACGACUACACGAAGCGCAGCCCAAGGACAUCAAUGAUUGGACCGAGGGCAGGGCGCUGAUAGCGACCGGCAGUCCGUUUCCGCCUGUGGAAUAUAACGGAGUCAAAUACGAGAUUGGUGAUUAUCGUAUUGACGUAUAUGUACUACUACAAGCUGAAUGCAACAACUCCACCUGCUUCCCCGGCAUUGGGCUGGGGGCAGUCCUGAGUCGCAGCCGGCUGCUGUCGGAUAAAAUGCUUGUGGCCGCCGUUAAGGCACUGGCAGCGCAGUCGCCGGCGCUUCAAGACGCGAACAAGCCGCUUCUGCCGGAUGUCGAGGACGUGCGCGAAAUCAGCGUGCACAUAGCCAAGGCGGUGAUUAAAGCUGGGGUCGCAGAAGGUCUUGCGCAGGAAGAAGGCAUCCCCGACGAUGACGCGGGCUUGGAGGCAUGGAUCCGGGCGCAGAUGUGGGAUGCGGUGUAUCGCCCGUUGGCGAAGUCGGCGUAUUAG